UCCUGGUACAACAAUCAAGCAAGAAGGCACAAAUUGGUCCCACGUUGGUAGUAGAUCAUUGAUUUGUUUCACUGUUAAUCGAGUGGCGUGAUAAUGAUCUGCUGAUUCUUGUAUAGUUGGUCCAUAUUUAGGAUCAAUAUCGUAAAAGAAACAUACUGAAAUGGAUGGCAAAGUAGCUUUUUUAUUUUCCCAGCACCCAUCGAGAGCAAAUUUAUCAGACAUUUGAAGAUCAAAAGAGAAUCAACUUAGACAAUUUCUAAUCGAUAAUCAACUUUAAUUCGCUUGAUUUUCCUGUUUCUUGGAACCAGUUACAUUACUGUUCAUGGUUUUACGUUUAGACCUAGCAAAGAAGUCGAUUUAUAUUGUAUCCAGUUCAAUGGAAUAGGAUGGUUAAUGGAUCAAAAAAUGUGGCAAAAACUUUAAAAGACAGUUAAUUCUGAAAAGCCCAAUGGCUUAUGAAAAUCAAGAGCUCUUUAGUGUAAACCAUCGGUUUAAAAAUAAUAAGUAUGGAAAAACAUUUAGAAACCAAUUGAGAUGAAUGAAAAAUUUGUCAAAAGUUAUUGUGAAAAUGGUCGUUUAAUUAAAAGCUAAAACAUACUGAAAAACAUGAUUCUAAGUUGCUUCUGGAUACUCAAAAAACCACCAAAAAAGAUAAUCUGAACUAGAGCAAAGGAAUCAAAAAGUUGAAAUUAACAAACAAUUUUUCAAUUACAACAAAAAUGGUUUUAAAUUAGUACACCAGAGAGCGAAACCAGUCUAGAAAAGAUUGAAAUACAAAAAGUCCAACAAGUGUCGCCCUCAGGCAGAAAAUAAAGUGACUAAAGAAUUUCGACCAACGAUUCAGUUUAUCAACAUCGAGUUCGAAGUUGCAAGUAAUGUACUGAAAGAUGAUUACAAUGGUUUCCCUGAAGUUAUUUGCAAAAUGAAACCAUGAUGUCUCUACUGGUUAGUUACAACAGAAAGCAAUGUUAUUUACAUGCAACUAGUUUAUUACCUCUUCGAGUAAAGUGUUUCAAUGCAACAACAUCUUCAAUGUAAUACACUUUAACCGUAAUGAUGAACACAAUGUCGAUCCAUUUCCAUAUUGACUAUUCACUUUUCAAUUUAACCAACAACAAUCAAAACAGAUUUACAUCAAUUGGUUAAACCAAAUAAUCUCAAAAGCAAAACAUUUUUUUCCUGGAUAAUACCAAUUAUCGCUAAUUACUCAACAAACUUAUUGUGACAAAAAAACACGAAACAAAAGUGACCUCAGCGGAUCCUUCCUCCAAACAAGCAAAUCAUAUCCGACAAAAUAUGCCACCAAAAAAUGAUAAAGCCAAAGGAACACCUCAAAGAGGUGAAAGUCGAUCCAAUUUGGUUGGCAAGUUUACCACUUCAGUGAAAAAAUUUGUCCAAGAUGUUGAAAGUGAUCACACCAGGGAUGGUGUUACAUCAACAAAUGAACGACUCCGAAUGGUUGACAGUAAAAUAAAUGAAUCUUAUUCAACAAUUAAAGGAGCUUUAACUAGUUUACAUCAAAAUUAUGAAUCAGCUAAAGCAGACAAUGGAGUUUACAAUCGAUACAAAUUGUUUAAGAAAAUGAUCAAAACAGUGAUUAAAUUGGACACUCAGUAUUGGAUAUUAAUUGAAAUACCUAAACAGGAGAAACAUGAACAACCAAGUAACUAUGUAAUGCGAUGUUGCUCCGUUCUAGAAAAGGCCAAUGCAACCAUUGACGGUAAAUCGUCUAAUGCCAGGCAAGCCGAAGAGACUAGGAUACAGUCUAAUAGGGAAAGAUUGAAAUCAAUGAGCAUACCUGAGAUUGAGGAGGAAAAUAAACAAUUGAUUAAUGAUGUUUACCGUUUAUUGAAACGCUACAACAAUCUACGAAACACGGUCCAUGAGCUCAAAGUAUCUUAUAUGGCAACUAAGGUCUAUCCUGGUCCAGCAAGAUAUUUCAUGCUUAAAGAUAUGGUUAAAUCUGUUCUUCGUCAUCCAAGUUACAUGGAGGUUUGCCAUGAAGAUUUAAUUGCUAACAAUAUGAUAUCCAAUGGAACAUAAUAAUUAAUUUAAUUAACACACACACACACAUCAACAAUGAAUCUUGAUUAAUUAAUUUAAAAGCAACUGUCAUCAUUCAUCUUGUUUUCAUCAACCUUUUACCAACAGCAACAACAAAAGUAAACAGCAAAAAUAACGAAAAGCAAAAAACAACAAAAAUCUCACCUUCCUUCAGUUUCAUUGAAAUUUUAUUGAAACAAUUUUACUGAACUUUACAACAUGAAAUGAACUUCAAAAUCAAAAUUACAAUCUUUUUUCAGUUUUCAAAUGAAAUAAAUAAUGGUCAUUAUCAAUGGUCGGUCAAUGAGAGAGAGAGAGAUCUCAACUAUUUGGAUGGACAAAUGGCUAAAUGAAUGGAGCCACAUACUGUUUAUUCAAAGCCCAGUUUUACCUCUUCUGUUGUUUAAUUUUGGACUUUUUUCGGUUAAUUUGUUUUCCUUUUUUGUUAAUAAAUUAUCUUUCAUUGUUAUAAUUAAUGAUAAUGAUAAUAAUGUUGAAGAAAUAAUGUUUUAAAAUAGUUAUUUCACCUUAACAGACUUGAUUAAUGUUACAUCUGAUUCAUUGGAUUCUGCAGGUUUACCUUUUUCGUUUUGUUUCCCUUCACUCAAUGCAAUUCCAAUUGAGUUUGAUAAAGAUGUAUGAAUAUAACAAUUAACUAGACAACGAUUGUAAUAAUAUGGUUAAUUUAGUUUGACUUUGAAAUUGGAGAAUACAAAAUUACCUGUAAAUCAUUAAACAUUAUUGAAUUUACACUUUCAUCUUUAAUCAAUGACAACAAUUGCCAAUUAUGAUUAUUGCUUAAAUAAAGAUUAUCUUU